AUGCGGAUCGCCGCCUACGUUGGGACCUCCGUGGCCCUGGCAGCCUCGGUGCUGCUGCGCGCCGCAUACGAAAGGCCCAAUUUCUACUCCGCAUGCGUCUAUCUCUCACAAUCAAAUGCCUGUCUUAUGAUCCUCACGAAUCUCGUACUCCUCCUUACAGCUUCCUUUAUGUACGCUCUCCAGCGCCUUCUCUACGGCCCGCUCCGCCCCAUGGAAGUCGAGCGCCUCUACGAACACGCCUGGUUCGCCAUCACCGAGACACUGCUGGCCAUGACCAUCUUCCGUGACGAUGUGGGCGUGCGGUUCUUUGUCAUGUUUGUCAGCCUCAUUGCUGGCAAGAUUUGGCAGUGGAUUGGUGCUGGCCGGGUCGAAUUCGUUGAGCAACAACCUCCGACCUCCAACGAGAUCUUCUUCCACUCCCGCCUGGCGUCUUCGCUGCUGCUGUCGAUUGUAUACGACAUGGUGAUGCUCGGAUACUGCGUGAACACCGUCCUGCGGCAGGCACGACCCAAUAUGAUCGUCAUGUUCGGUUUCGAGUACGCUCUGCUGCUCAUUGAGUCCUUCGCUACCUUCUUCCGGCAUAUCCUGUGCCUCGUUGAUCUAACGGUCCAGUCCAAGCAGACAGAGGCCAAGAGGCAGGAGAUGUUGGAGGAGAGACGAGCCGAGAGACAGCAUCAGCGGGAGGCCGCCGGUGAAGGCGUGCUUACAGAGGCGGAGCUGGCUGCUGAAGACAUCGAGGUUGACGACAACGAGAUCGACGUGCCUGGGUGGGAGGGCAAGGGCCGCUGGGUCUUUUACUUGGACCUCGCAAAGGACUUUGCUAAGCUGACCAUUUACAUGGCAUUCUUCGUCAUCCUCAUGACCUUCCACGGCCUGCCUAUUCAUAUCAUGAGAGAUGUUCUCUUGACAUUCCGCUCGUUCCACAAGCGCAUCUACGACUUCUUGCGUUACCGCAACGCUACACGGGACAUGAACUCUCGCUAUCCUGACGCUACGUCCGAGGACCUUGGGGAGAACAACAUCUGCAUCAUAUGCCGCGAGGAGAUGCGUCCAUGGACAACACCGGAGCAUGCCCAACCUCCCGCUGGCGGCGCUGCGCCAGCACCAACUCCGCAGCGUCCCAUCGAUGAGCGUCACCGGGCGAAGAAGCUACCCUGUGGUCAUUGUCUCCACAUCAGUUGCUUGCGCAGCUGGCUCGAACGCCAACAGGCUUGCCCCACCUGCCGCCAGCCGGUACUAGUUGAAGAGACCCGGCAACGUCAACAGGCCAACCGAGCCAACCCAGCCGUCAACGCUGGUGCACAACCUGGACUUCAGCAAGGUGCUCAAAACGGCAUACCGCAAGACGGAAAUGCUCAGCAGCCAGCACUGCCCCGCAUGCGCCAGAUUCAAUUUGGCCCGUUCCGCAUUGGAUACGGUGUCCGCGCAGUGAACCUGAAUAAUGCACAGGCAGAAAAUCCGCUCGCUCAGAUACUGGAACAAGGACGACAACAACAAGAGCAGCUCCAUCAGCAGCAGCAACAGCAGCGCGGAGGCCAGAGCGACCGCUCGGCUCGUGCACUCCUGCGUGAAGCGACGGCAGAUCCACUCCGGGCGAAUUCCGUCGUCGCGCAAACCAUGUGGUUGGACCAGCUGGAACGCCGCCUGGUGAGCGAGAUACAGGCUCUGAACGUGGCACAACAUCAACUGCAUCUUGUCCGAGCACUGCAGGCAGAGUAUAUGCGUCUUCGUCGUGUAGCAGCAGCAACUGCUGUCGGUGGUGCUCAGCCGGCGCAAGAUGCCCAGUCCCUGCUCGCGAACAUGUUUGCCGGUCUGAACACUGACGGCCUCAAUCUCAACGCGCCGUUAGCGCACGACUUGAACCAGCCGCGACUUUUCAACCCCAGCGCAGACCAGCCUGUCCUGGAAGCACACGACCCCAAUCUUCCGCAAGGCUUGACUCUGCCACCGGGAUGGACAUUGUUGCCGCUUCAUAGGGCUGAUGCUACUCUGGGCCAAGAUUCAGGGAGUCAAGCGCCGAAUCAUGCUUCUACUCCUCGCUCAACAGCACAAUCUGCUACAGAUGCUGCGGCUUCUCUCCAGACUUGGAACGACACCAUGACUCGGACGCUUGAAGAGGCUCGAAACCGCAACUAUACACCCUCGGACUCUUCAGCCCAGGCACCUCCAACCACGACGACUACUAAUGGAACUGAAACUGCUCCUCCGGGGUUUCGCGAGAUUCCUAUCAAUCCCAACGACCCUGGUGCGACUGUGCAGACUACCCUUGGCCCUCAGAGGUUUCCAACCAACAUAGCCAACCAACUCCUCGCUCAGCAUGGCAACGAGCCCGUUCCUAUCGGUUCUGCUGCUCACGUUCCUACAUCUGCUGGACCAGCAAAUUCUGGCGGCUCGAACACUUUGUCUUCCUCGGCUCAUUCGUCACAUCCUGUUGCCACUGGACCUUCAGAAGCAUCGACCGACACAGUGCCUACGACUGGUUCUGAAGAAAGCUCCGCCAAGGCACAGAGACUCAAUACUGCUGAUGCCCACGAUUCCGCUGUUCAGAGUGAAGAAGCCAGCAGCUCCACUCACGCUAGUGAGCAACAAGUUCCAUCCCUGCAGCCGACUGUUGAAGAUGGAGAGGAUGAUGAAAAUUAG